GGGAAGCGAGAUACUCGCGACAUAUAAAUGUGAGACAGACAGCGGCUGCUGCACUGUGCCUCCAUUUCUCCAGCGUGUAUCACUGUACUCUCCCAUAGCAACAUGAAGGUCCUGUUUGCCGUUGCCGUGCUCGCCCUGGCUGCGCCCGCCGCCCUGGCCGCCCCCAGCGGCCUGUGGGGAAGCCACCUCGGCGGAGUGGUCCUGGCCGGCCCCACCACCGUGAGCCGCACCAGCCUGGUGCAGACCCACCCGUCUCCCGCCGUCGUGGUGGCCGCCCCCGCUCUGCACGCCCCCGUUCUGGCCGCCUCCCCCAUUGUCACCGCCCCCCUGCUCCAGAGGACGGUCGUCGCCGGCCCCGGCCUGGUGACCGUCGAUGGUCUUGGCCUCGGCCACGGUCUUAGCCUCGGCCACGGCUGGUAGUCGGGACUUGUUCUUGUUGAGUAUGGUACAGCUUGGAUGGAAUAAAAAAGGCACUUGGA